AUGGUACGCAGUUACGAGCCUAUUUUGACUAUCCAGGAUAUCAAUAUGGUUCUAAAACAACGUGCAUCUGGCAUUAUUGGCAAAGCGUUGCACAAUUCCAACAUAAGCUUCCGCGUUCAAAGAAAACUUAAUUUUCAUAGCCCAGUACCACCAGCUGAUAAGGUGUUGUUAGUAAAUGUAAAUAAAGAAGCAGAGCCCCCGCCUCCAGUCAUAACCGAAAUGACAAAUGCAGAGCCAUUUGAUUACGUUUUCGAUAAGAAAAAUAAUAGCUUUCAACAACCACAAAGUUACUUGUUCAGAGCAGUCUGCUUAAAGAAAAAAGGCAAUGCGAAACAACACAAAAAAUACUUUGAUUAUUUAUCAGAUGAUGAAGAUUUUACAGCAAUUUUUGAAGAUGCUAUUGCUUCCGAUACUUACAAACCUUCUUCAGAUUCGUCUGACUAUGAUGAGAAAAUAAAUAAUGCUAAUUAA